AUGGUCGCGCUUUGGGUGUUAGGAAUUAUAAUUGGGAGCAGUAUAUGUACAGCCGUCGGGAAUUUUAAUUACUUUGAAAUUCGUGAUCGGGAUGUGACUACAAUUGAUUGUAUCAGUUCCUCCGUGAGUAAUGUAUGGGAACUUCAGCCAUAUCCCAAUAAUUGUCGUUGGUACAUUUUCUGCAUGAAUAACAUUGGAGUAAUACGAGAGUGUCCUGAUGAGCUUUACUUUAAUCCUGUAACGAAAUCUUGCGACUUUGCUGAAAACGUGGAUUGCAUCGAACCUACUACAGUUACUACAGAAGAAGUGACAACCGAAACUAGUGAUGAUGGCGAACUUACUACUACAACCAGUGACGAUGAUUCAACUGAAAGUACUGUUACACAAACAACUGACGAUGAUACUACCGUGGAAGGAACAACUGAGGAAACAGAAACGACUGAAACUAGUGACGAUGGUGAAACCACCGCUGAUAUUACAAUAACUGAAACAACAAAUGAUGAUACUACGGUCGAAGAAACGACUGAAACUGGUGAUGAUGGUGAAGUAACUACUGAUGUUACAAUAACUGAAACGACAAAUGAUGAUACUACGGUCGAAGAAACAACAGAAACUGGUGAUGAUGGCGAAGGUACUACUGAUGUUACAACGGCAGAAACGACAAAUGAUGAUACUACGGUCCAAGAAACAACAGAAACGGGUGAUAAUGGCGAAGGUACUAAUGAGGAAACUACGACCCAGCAGGAAACGACAGCUGAUGAUGAUUGUGAACCUCUAUGUCUAACCUCACUCGGUGCAGGCGACGAGGUAGCAGACCCGCAAGAUUGUGGACGUUUUAUUGCUUGCGAUGAUCAAUGUUACGGCGCAACAAUGUUCUGCCCACAGGGGUUACAUUUCAAUCAUCUGAAAAAAGUCUGUGACAUACCGGAUCGGGCAGAAUGUUUGCUGAAUGUAUGCGUUGGUCGAGAAGAUGGUCUAUUUGCCAGUGUCAACAGCUGUAGACACUUCUAUGCAUGCAUUAUUCAAAAUGGAUUGCUGACUUCUUGUGCAUCCGGACAGGUCUUUGAUCCGGUAGAGCGUCAUUGUGUUGUUGAAGAUGAAGACAAUGUAUGCCUGCCUCAGGAAAUUCCACCGCCUCCUGCAGAAUUAGAAGCGGAAUGCCACCAAGUAGUUAUUUCACAAAAUCUUCCACAUCCGAACUUUUGUGAUGUCUAUUUCCGUUGUGUAGCGGGUACAUUGUUUCCUCGUAGGUGCCAGGAAGGGUUACUAUUUGACCAGCAAACACAGUUUUGCAAUUGGGCACAAUUGGUGAACUGUCCGGUUUGA